AGAAGAUAGGAGGACUGCAGCAGAUGAAGAACCAAGACUAUAGUUCCUAUCUCCUGACUACUAAAAUGUACUGUCAUCAAUAUGGCAUGGGCUGGAGUGGUAGCCUCUUCCCGGACCUGACUACAGCCAGCACCAUGUGGUUACUAACUGCUCUUCAUUCACCUAUUGAUGCCUCCCAGAAAAAAACGCCGCCAAACAUCCCAGAAAGCCCAGCUGCUGUUCCACCAACAGCCACUGGAGGGCCCCAAACACCGCUAUGGAUCGCCAGGGCUUCCCGUUACCCACACUAGACCUGUGCCCAGUAAGCCCAUUGACCACGCCACCAUCACUUCCUGGGUAUCACCUCAGUUUGAUACAACAGGAGAAAGCUGGUUCCCAGCCAACCGGAAACAGAAACGUCAUCAUCGAGACCAGGCAAAACAUUCAAGUAGAAAAUCUACCACCUCCAAGUUUCCACAGCUACCGUUUGAGAGUCCACAGUCUUCUACCAGUUCAGCCACACUUGGGAUCCCCUUAACCAGGGAGUGCCUCAAUCAAUCAGAAAAGGACACUUCUGGAAGGCCCUUGGUUCCAAUGUUCAGUCCCCACAGCUGUGGGGAACUGUCAGCACAUGCACUUCAAAACUUACCUUACGUAUUCAUUGCACCUGAUAUCCAGACUCCAGAGUCAUCUUCUGUACAGGAGGGGCUCGUUCCCUCAGAUCAGAGGGAAAACAGCCUGCCAAACGGCUCCCUUCGUACUAGUGCUCCCGAGAGCCCAGAGCCUGGGCCUGUUCUGGUUAAGGACACUCCUGAGGAGAAGUAUGGGGUAAAGGUCACAUGGAGGAGACGACGACACCUCUUUACUUACCUCAGGGAGAGAGGGAAGCUGAGCAAAAGCCAGUUCCUUGUGAAAAAUUGACUGGAUUUCUCAGACAUCAGUAAUCUCAAGAAAUUGAUUGCUGAUUUUCACAGAGUUGCUAACGUCACUUUUCUGGCUCACGGAAGAGUACGUCAAUAGAAUAAAAUGGAAAUAAUACCAAUAACACCAAUAGAAGAAAGAUAUUUUAACUAGAGCCCUGGAGUCAUAAGGGAAUUCAAUUCCCAGAUUUGCUUUUUAAAAUAUGUUGUCAUAAAGUUUUUAGUGUAUAAACAGUUCACUUUAUAUUUUUCUUGUAUUAACUGUUUAAAAAUUUUAAAUAUCUUGUAGUAACUGUUUAAAAUGUGUUUGUAAAUAAAUGGUUGCAGAAAGUUUUUAGGGAACCUUGACUCUGACUGCCAGUAAUGCGGCAAUACUGCUCCCUCCACAAAAGGUCUUUCUUAAUUGUUUACUUUAACCACUACUCAUUUAUCCUUUAAUCACCUCAUUCAAACUAAUUCAUUACACAUUUUUGAGUACCAACCUGUUGGGAUCAGUGGCAGCUUCCUCUGGCAGUGACCUCAUAAGCAAACUAAAACACUCAAAGCAAACUCUGACUUUUUAUAGUUGAGCUGCCACCUGUGCAACCUUGGCUCAUGUGCUGAAGAGGCUAGAUGAAAGCAGCAAGCCCUGUUUUAGUGACUACAGUAGGAUCAGGGCGAUAAAGGGAGGUAAGUUACUCAGGUUUGCUGUGUUUUGAUUUUUUAUUUCCAGCCAAAGCUGUAAAUAUUAAAUAAGGUGGGAAAAUGAUUUAUUGGGGUAACUGUUUAAAAUGUAUGUAAAUAAACAUGGAAACUUUUCAGAGAAUACUGCUUAUUGUAAUUAACCUUUUCACUGCGUUAAUUGAUUUCAAGUUUGUUCUCCAAAAU